AUGGUCACCUUGAACAAACGUAUCCUUAUUUCUUCACCUGGCAAAGUUAUCUUGUUUGGAGAACACUCAGUUGUCUAUCAAAAGACAGCAGUAGCUGCAUCUCUCGGUCUUCGCUCAUACCUUUAUCUUGAACACACUGACGAUAAUACCAUAAGAAUCAAUUUACCUGAUAUUGGAGUCGAACGAGUAUGGAAGCUUGAAGAGUUACCCUUGGGAGUAGAUUACCCUGAUUCAGAUACCCUUCAUCCUAGUGCCAUGCCAGCUACGCUUGCACAACAAAUGGAGACUCUAUGCAACGUCCAUGAAAACAAUGCACAAAAGUCUGCAUUGAUGGCCUUUUUAUAUCUAUUGAAUAUUAUGCAAACUAAGGGAGGCCGCAUCGACCGUGGUUUCACCAUCUCCAUUCGAUCCUUCUUACCUGUUGGCGCUGGUCUCGGAAGUUCUGCCAGUUACUCCGUCGCCAUCACCACCGCAUUACUUAUACUCAACGAUUUGAUACCUGUCGAUUUCAGACAAUCCGCCAAGUGCGACCAGUACGUUGACAUGAUCAACUCGUAUGCGUUUAGAGCAGAACAGGUCAUCCACGGCAACCCAAGUGGUGUUGACAAUGCGGUAUCGACCUACGGGGGUGCAAAGACGUUUGUGCGUGGCGAAGGGUUUGCUACUCUAGAAGGAUUUCAAUCGUUGAGACUGCUCCUGACAAAUACUAAAGUGCCUAGAUCAACAAGUGCCCUUGUCGCCUUUGCUCGUGAUAGAAAAGAAAAGUAUGGUACCAUCAUCAAUCCUAUCUUGGACGCAAUGGACGGUAUCUCGAUUCGCUGCCGAGACGCGUUCAAGCGAUUGGCAUUGGGAGAGAUGACAGAAGAUGAAUUGAUGAAGGAAUUGGAAGAUCUUGUGGUGUUGAACCAUGCUCUCCUUGUUGCUCUUGGUGUGAGUCACCCUAGCUUGGAGAAAGUCAAGUCGAUUACUGAAGAAUCAAACUUGAAGACGAAACUAACUGGUGCAGGAGGAGGAGGCUGUGCAGUUACCUUUAUCCCUAAUGAAACAAGUCAAGAAGUGGUUGAUAAGGUCAUGUCAAACUUGAAGAAUGAAGGAUUUGAUUGCUAUCAGACCUCUGUAGGCGGCUCAGGUGCUAAUGCUACCAUUCUCUCUGGUAACGAAAACGAAUUUUGGCUUCUCAAUGCCAGUCGUAGUGAGCUAGAAAAGUAUUUAUAA